UAAACCGAUCUCAGCAGCAUCAGAACACGACUGUGAUACCGGACGCGUCCAGAGGACAUCUCCGUUCAUCUUUAACAUUGCUAUUAAUGUUACAGAUUGUAGGGUUUAUAAGUAUUACAGUGUUUCUAUUUAUGUUUAACAUACUUUAAUAAUCUUAGGAUAUUUAUUUAUUGUCUACCACGGUACAUUUUUGAAGGAUCAAUCGUGAAGUUAUCGGUUUUGUAAUUGAUCACUUGGAACAUUCUUCACGACUGGGAGGGUUUGGUCAUUUUUUUUCCAUUCAGAAACGGAUUUGUCUUUUUUUAUUCUUGAGAAUGAGCAAAGCCCCUGCAAAUACAAAGAUGAGUCGUUUUAACAUCGCUCCAGACAUAGACAGCUGCAGUUCCAACAGCAACGAGUACAUGAGUUAUCAGGACCGCUCCACCAAAGUCCCCCUCAAUGGAAUGCAAUAUACCGACGUGGACGCGGAAAGCCAGAACUUCCUCUCUGAUCAUCAACUGGGCAAGAAGAAAUAUGAAGCUGAAUAUAGCCCUGGUUCAGCGUCGUUUGGGAUGUCGGUGUUUAACUUGGGCAAUGCCAUCAUGGGAAGUGGAAUCCUGGGACUUGCCUAUGCCAUGGCCAACACUGGCAUCGCCAUGUUUGUGAUCCUGCUGGUCGCUGUGGCCAUUUUCUCUCUCUACUCAGUCCAUUUGCUGCUCAAAACGGCCAACGAAGGAGGUUCUCUGGUGUACGAACAGCUGGGGUACAAGGCCUUUGGGAUUCCCGGCAAACUGGCGGCGUCCUGCUCUAUCACCAUGCAAAACUUUGGAGCUAUGGCAAGCUACCUCUACAUCGUGAAGUACGAGCUGCCCAUCGUCAUUAAGGCCUUCUUGGACUCUAACGACAACUCGUGGUACACUAACGGAGAUUAUCUGGUGCUGAUUGUCACUUUGGUCAUCAUACUGCCGCUCUCGCUGCUUAAAAACCUGGGUUAUCUGGGAUACACUAGUGGUUUCUCCUUGUUGUGCAUGGUGUUCUUCCUGAUUGUGGUGAUCUACAAGAAGUUCCAGAUCCCCUGUCCGUUACCGGAGAACUUCAUUAACAUCACAGUGAACGUCUCUCAGCUGCAGGUCAACACUACUGAUGAAGAGUGCUGCAAACCCAAGUACUUCAUCUUCAACUCACAGACUGUGUAUGCAGUGCCCAUCCUGACCUUCGCAUUUGUGUGCCACCCGGCUAUUCUGCCCAUGUACGAGGAGCUCAAAGAUCGUUCCAGAAGGAAGAUGCAGAAUGUUGCAAAUGUUUCGUUCCUGGGAAUGUUUGUCAUGUAUCUGUUGGCUGCUCUGUUUGGAUACCUGACCUUCAACGAGGCCGUUGAACCCGAGCUCCUGCACACUUACUCAAAGGUCUACAGCUUUGAUGUGGUGCUUCUGAUCGUGCGUUUUGCCGUCCUGACCGCCGUGACGCUGACGGUGCCCGUGGUUCUCUUCCCAAUCCGCACCUCAGUCAACCAGCUGCUCGGUGCCUCUAAAGAAUUCAACUGGCCACGUCACAUCUGCAUCACCGUCGCUCUGCUUGUCUGCGUCAACAUCCUCGUCAUCUUCGUUCCCACCAUCAGAGACAUUUUCGGAUUCAUCGGUGCAUCCGCUGCUGCUAUGCUGAUCUUCAUCCUUCCCUCGGCCUUCUACAUCAAACUGGUGAAGAAGGAGUCCAUGAAGUCUAUCCAGAAGAUCGGGGCGACUUUGUUCCUCAUCGUGGGAUUCAUGGUGAUGAUCUGCAGCAUGGCUUUGAUCAUCGCGGACUGGAUCCACAACGCAGGAUCUUCAGGCGAGCACACUGAUGGCCACUAGUGGGCGUGUCCUAACCCUGAUUGACAGGCAGAUGGGCGGAGCCGAGCCGCUUACGCUGCAACUGAGAACUAGAAGAAGCUGCUCUAUUUUCAGUGCAGAGCAAAGACAAACAUCCCAUUCUGAGAGAAUGUCCUGAACUUUGUACAGUAUGCUGUUAGGCCACACAGAUGGUGAUCCACUCGUAUUGUUGUGCUUCUUUUUUUUUGGUUGAUUUGGUUUUCUUUUGUGUUGUUCUUCUGGUACAGCUGAGUUUUCGGUGGUACGUCGCACAGGAACACGUGCAUCA